UGGUCCCCAGUCUUAAAUUGGUCCCCUGUCUCUCACAACCCAUAAAGGUAGGGUGCCUAUAUCUUGUGAAGCAGGAGCCAAUGCCUACGGUUUUUCACAGCCGCUUGCUGGUGUAGCAGGUUGAUGGACCAGUGCAUCUAUCUUUAACACCUUGCGGCUGGUGUAGCAGGAGGAAUUACGUCACCUGUCUUUCUAAACUUGGUUCCCCCGUCUCUAAAGCCCGUGGCUGAAGCAGGAGGCAUAUAUAGUGCACGGGACGGUCUUUCACAACCGCUGCUCUUCUGUCUUACAUGUACAACUUGUGACUGGUGUAUCAGGAAGAAUUGUCCCGUCUUUUUCAACUUGGUUGGUGUAUCAGGAAGAAUUGUCGCCUGUCCUUCACAACCUGCGACUGGUGUAACGGGAGAAAUAGUCCCCCGUCUUUUUAAGUGUACAACUUGUGACUGGUGUAUCAGGAAGAUUUGUCCCCUUUACAACCGAUCGACUGGUGUAACAGGAGGAAUAGUCCUGUUUCAGAACUUGUGACUGGUUUACCAAGAGGAAUAGCGACCCGUCUCUCUAUAAGCUGUAGUGGCUGGUGAAGCAGGUGGUAUAGUCUUAGGCUCUACUCCACCAGUCCUGAACGUAGCCUCCAGUAGCCAAAAUGAAGAUCAUGUACAAUGAAGACGAAGGCAGCGUUGUUGAUUUCUAUCCAAGUCAUGACACCGGUGUUGUGAUUGUGUCGGAAGCUGACCAGGUGGCUGGCAACGCUUACAAAAGAAAACUAGCAAAAUUAAGAAAGACACAACCUGUCCAAGGGAUUGUGAUAGCAGAGAGGACAAAGACCAGUGCCCAGUAUUUCAGUGGCUUACAGGACUUCACUGUUCUUGAACUUGGCCUCAAAGUGAUACCUGUAGAAUCGAUGGUUGAGGCCGCAAAUCUCAUCAUUCAGAUAGCGCAUGUGGAGCAUAAGUCAACAGGAUCCAGUCCCAAUCCGUUUAGAAUCAAGAGGAAAGGACCUACCAUUGAUUCUUCCUUGCUAGCAACAGUUCAGCUGAUACCUGGACUAGGUGCAGUCAAGGCAAAAUUACUUCUAGGCAAGUUUAAAAGUCUGAAGGAAAUAGUUGCUGCUUCUGAAAAGGACUUAUCAGAAUGUGUCGGAAAAUCUACUGCCGUUUCCGUCAGGUCAUUUUUGCUAAAGGUGCCGGCGUCAAAGCGAUGAUACCGAUCCCUUUGGCUCACUUGGGAAUA